UUUUGCAACACUGGGUAAACGUUUAUCAAACGCGGUCACUCUCUCUCUCUCUCUUCACCACUGCCGCAUUGUAUUUUGGCUUGGAUUGUUUUUCUUGGAUUUAAUAAAAAUUUGCACAAAAUGUCGAAAGCACAUCCACCAGAGCUGAAAAAGUACAUGGACAAGCGAAUGAUGCUCAAAUUGAAUGGCGGCCGCGCAGUCACCGGCAUUUUGCGCGGAUUCGAUCCCUUUAUGAACGUAGUGCUCGACGACACCGUGGAGGAGUGCAAGGAUAAUACCAAGAACAGCAUUGGCAUGGUCGUGAUACGCGGCAACAGCAUCGUUAUGGUCGAGGCCCUGGACAGAGUUUGACAGCAGCCUGCAUUCCCAAGUGCAGCUGCUUCUCCUCCCCCUUCGAUGGCCCAUACUUCAUUGGCCAGUAGUUUAAAUGUAAACUAUUUAACAUACUACAAACUAGUCCUAAGUCUAUAACAACAAAAACAUUCGUGAACUCUGCUCCACUCUAGAUGUUUACUAUUAAAUAAAUCCGAUUAGAACACAAUUGUUUGUAUGAGAUCUGAUUGCGAGCAAGAUAGCAUAAAUAAGAGUGAGAAAGAAACGGUGGUAGACGAGACAGAAAACAGCUGGCUGCUCGACUUAAGACACCUCGCCCAAGAGGCCGUGAUCAUGUUGAGGAACUUUGAAUUUAUUUGGAAUUGGAAUAGUGCAAUAUAACAAAAAAAUGUAUGCUAUUUUUACAUAGUAAUUAAAGGUUCCUGCUAACUCGUAAGCUCCGCUGUCAGUCUUGUAAAUGUAUCGCUACAGAAUGAAUUUAAGGUUGAUUUCAAUCGGCGCCUUAUAUACAUUUUAAUUGUAUUUCACACUAACACUAAAAACAGGCUUUAUAUUGAUAAAACCUUCAACUGGUUCUAACUA